CUUGAGGCGUGUAUCGAGCGACAACCAGAUAUUCUCCUCACCGAGAUGCAAGAUCAACUGCGGGAGACUUGUGGUGUCAAAGUUUCGAUUGCAACAAUUUCAAGAACAAUACGUAGGCGAGGGUUUACACGGAAGAAGGUAACACGCCCUUCUGUCGAACGCGACGAAGAUGAUCGAGCUGCCUAUAAGAUGCUUGUGGGCAAACAUUUC